GCAAGGAUUGACCGUUCUUGCACUGAUGACUAUACAAUUCCUGGAACGUCUAUAUCGAUUGAAAAAGGAAUAAAUGUAACAAUUCCUGUGCUUGGCAUUCAUUACGACCCUGAAUAUUACCCAGAGCCAGAAAAAUUCAUCCCUGAAAGGUUCUCUCCCGAUGAAAAGAGUAAACGUUCACCAUAUCUAUUUUUGCCGUUUGGUGCUGGACCUAGAAACUGUAUCGGUAAGUUACCUUUCACUGUAUAUUCAUCUCGGAUCUCAGCCUAAAUUGUGCCUAGUAAUUUUCAGGGGAGUGAAGAAAAUGUAUUCAUCUUAAUGAAAAAUAAUGUCUUAACAUUAUUUUGUUACUCCUCUAUUUUGGGCUUUUGAUGGUUUUUUUUUUUUUUUUUUUUUUUUUUUUUUUUCCCUCAACAGACAAUGAGUCCCUACAGUUCUCAAAGUCAUGUUAUUGGAUCAUAUAACAAUACCUGUCUUUUAUGGAGGCUUAUAAUUUAACAAAAAAAUUACUAAUUUCAUUUAAAUCCCAUACAUAGGUAUAUUACACAUCAGGAUAGAACAUGGGGAUCAAGAGCCAGAAAUUGAAAAUUCUUGACUCUGCUUUCAUUGAGAGAGUUCUAGAGGAACCCGACAAAAUAGAAAGUUAGGUGAGGUCAAAUUAUGUAAAUGGAUGUUAGGCCAUGAUUUGAAAAGUUUUCCCAUAGAAU